GUUUAAGGUAGUCGCCAUUUUGAUUUCCAAAUCUGACAGAUAUAUUUUUGUUGUUGUUGCUGCUGCUGCUACCUGACUGCUGAAUAAUAAUUUGCAGCGUGUCAACACAGCUCCCCCUCGGCAGGGCCAGCCGCCGUUAUAACGGCAGCGUAAAUGACAUUGCAACCGGGAAAGGGUAGCGCCGUUAAGCUAACAACGCAGUCCUGAACGGGCUGCUAUGGGCCUCCGGGUGACCUGACAGCCAAAGUCACCGAGUUGCGGUUCAGCUUGCGGAUGACGACCGAUGAAAGGAUGGAUCAAAGGUUGAAGGGAGUCUCUCUGGGGUUUGUGUGUGUGGUGAUAAUGUGAACAAAGUGUGUGUGUGUGUGUGUGUGUCUUGACUGUGUGAAUUUGCUGUUGCUCGCUGAUGUGCAGGCCAUGCAGGAUCUAUAAGGCAAAUGGGUGUUUAGCACGAGCCAACUGAGGAUACUACUCCUUGUCUGAACGUCAGCAGCUAAGUGUAUGUUACGGUGACGUCCGCCAUGUUUUGGAAGUUUGAUUUACACACAUCUUCACAUCUGGAGGCUUUACUGGACAAGGAGGAUGUCACGCUCAUUGAGCUCAUGGAUGAGGAAGAUGUGCUGCAGGAGUGCAAGGCACAAAACAGGAGACUUCUCCUGUUCUUGUGCCAGGACCAGUGCAUGCAGGAUCUGGUUCGUAUGAUUACUACAGAGCCCCCUGCUGGUGUUGAGGAAACCAAGCGCUUCAAGUAUCCAAAUAUAGCAUGUGAGCUGCUGACAUGUGAUGUGGGAGUGAUCAAUGAUAAGCUGGGUAAUGAGGAGCCUCUGCUGGAAACUCUGUAUGCCUUCUUGGAGCAGCCAUCCCCGCUUAACCCCCUCCUGGCAUCUUUCUUUAGCAAGACAAUUGGGAACCUCAUCACACGGAAGACUGAGCAGGUGAUUAGUUUCCUGCGACGGAAAGAGGGAUUCCUUUCGUUGGUCCUGAAGCAUAUUGAUACGUCAGCCAUGAUGGAUGUGCUCCUACGCCUUAUCAGCUGUGUGGAGCCACCCCCUCUUCGACUUGAGACUCUUACUUGGCUGAAUGACCAAAAACUGGCCCAAAGACUCAUAGAGCUCAUUCACCCUGAGAGAGAUGAAGAGAAGCAGUCAAAUGCAUCUCAGACUUUGUGUGACAUCAUACGUUUGAGCAGAGACCAGGCCAAUCAGCUCCAAGAGAUGUCACAGCCUGACCCUUUGCUGACUGUGCUUGAAUCACAGGAGUGUGUGGAGCAAUUGCUGCAGAAUAUGUUCUCAGGAGAGAGGACUGAGAGCUGUAUCGUCAAUGGAAUUCAAGUUCUUCUUACUUUACUGGAAAUCAGGAGGCCUGUGGUGGAUGGUGUAAUGGAUGCUCAGGGAUUUGAGAGAAGUUACACUGUUAACAGCAGUAUUUUGCUGGCCAUCCAGCCACACCUGAUACACUUCCACCAGCUACUUCUGGAGCCACCCAAGCGAGAUCCAAUGCUGACUACUUUGGGUGUGCUGGAGGAACCACUGGGGAAUACGCGUCUGCAUGUGGCCAGACUAGUGGCCUCUUUGCUUUAUACCAGCUCUGCUAGCCACGCAGUCGUAGCACAGGAGCUCUGCAGACUCAAUACAAUGGACCUCCUUCUGGACUUGUUCUUCAAGUACACAUGGAACAACUUCCUGCACCUCCAAGUGGAGCUUUGUGUUGCUGCCAUCCUCCGGCCCUGUGCCCAUGAAAUGAGACUUCAGCCUGGCUUGGGCUCCCAUGAAAAAUUCAAGCCUCAGCAAGAUGCAUCGCAAGAGCAGGAUUUGACUGAGACCAUGACGUCUGAACCUUCAGCCACCUCUGAGAACUCUGCACAUAACUUAAUGGUGACUCAUUUAUUUCAGCACUGCCACCUUGUCCAGAGGAUUCUGGAGGCUUGGGAAGAGAAUGAUAAAAUGCAGUCAGAAGGUGGUAUGAGAAGAGGGUACAUGGGACACCUGACCAGGAUUGCCAACACAGUGGUCCACAACCUGGAGAAAGGCCCGGUUCACACCCAGAUUAGUAGCCUCAUCACAGAGCUGCCAGAGGACUACCGAGGACGGUGGGAAACCUUUGUGGACCAGACACUGUCAGAGACCAACAGGAAGAACACCAUAGACCUGGUUGGCACUGGAAAUCCUCGUCCUUCCUCUGAGGAUGAUAUGGAGAGCCCCUUCCCUAAAGAGCUGACAAUACAACAGGCCUUUUCAGACUAUCAGAUCCAGCAGAUGACGGCCAAUUUUGUGGAUCAGUUUGGCUUCAAUGACGAGGAGUUUACUGAUCAUGACGACAGCAUUGGGGCAACGUUUGACCGGAUUGCAGAGAUCAAUAUCAACAUUGAUGCAGGCCAGGACAGUGCCAACACAGCCGUGUUUGAGGCUUGUUCCAAGGAGAGGAUUCAGCCCUUUGAUGAUGAUGAAGAGGACAUCUGGGAGGAAAAAGAGAUCAACUAUGCAACACAAACCAAGUCCCGGAACAGGUUUGGUGGGUCACGGACCUCCCAAAGCCAAGCUGCCAAUAAGAGUUGUGAUAUGACAGCAGCUUCUGGUACUGAGGUCUCUGACAGAGCAGCAGACUCAGACUCUGAGGAAGAAGACCCUAAAGAUGACCUGGAUCCUUUCUCAAGUCAGGACCAGACUGAGGCAAUUAAGAGCACUGACUGGGUAGCAGACUUUGGAGAGGUGAACUCGAAGGCUCCUGCAGCAGGAGUUGGUUUUACAGCCUGGGACACUCCAGUCUCUCAACCAGCUGCAACAGAGGCCGAAGAGAAGGGAUGGGCCAAGUUCACUGACUUCCAGCCUUUCUGUUGCUCUGAAACAGGCCCCAGAUGCAGCUCUCCUGUGGACUCGGACCUCAGUGGAUCAGACACCAAACCAAACCAGAACCCGUGUGUGUGGAGUGUGUGCGUGGCAAGAAAAGCCCCACUGGUGGCAUCAGACAGCUCUUCCUCCAGCAGCUCAGACAGCGAGGAGGAAGAAGGCAAGACGGACUCCACAUCCGGCGAGACGGUCACCACAGAGACCAUCACCACAGGUGCUGGCAAGGAGACCAUCCGGCUCACAGUGGACGCCAAAAAUGAGAGGGCGGUCUUCACCAGAGUAUUCAGACCUGCAGUCAGACGCGAAGCGGAUAAGGUGCCAGUAGAAGGACUGUCCGUCAAAGACAAAGGGAAAAGCAGCGAUAAAGAAAGUGAAAAAGGAAAGAAACAUGGAAACUGUUCCAACCCAAUUACCACCAGUCCAACUAACCAGUCGGCUGCUGCUACACAAGAGACGCAGUCGUCAGCUAACGGGCCGGCCUAACGGUGCGGUACAGGCACACACUUCACACCUGUUCAUACAACACACAGCCAUGCCACCUUUGCUUCCUGUUAGCAGCCCUCCAAUGCCAAUUUUGUUGUGUCUGAAGACAUGUAAGUGAGUGGAAGAUCCUCAGCACUGAGAUCAAACAAUAUUUAUGUUGGACAUCAGAAAUCUACACAAGGCUACGACUGAUGUCUCUACUGCGCCUUCAUGACAUAGUAACAACCGAACCGUUUCAAAGAGAAAUGUACGUUUUCUACAACAUUUGAUUGUGUCAGAAACCCAAAGCCCAGCUGUGUAACAUACGGAUUUUUCCCAUAGAACUUGGGAGAUGUAAAGACCCUUAAAACAAGCAGAGGUGAUGCAUUAUGUUUGAGUGCCCGUUGCACUUUAAUCUUAAGAAAACACUGAAAUCUAAAAUUAGAUGUUUUUAUUCAAUUCAGCGUCAUAAUUUAAGAUUGUUUGAGCCUGUCUGCGCUCUGGGCGUUAAAUCACAGCCCAGGGAAUUUUUCUAGCGGAGCAUUUGACUGUUUACACUUUAGUAAUGAAAACUGUAUUCACAUAAUUAGCCAAAAUCACAAAAGCCAAGACGCUUGCGAAGCUAGCUAGCUGCCAUUUUGUCUUUAGCAUUUCAAUGUACGUGCCAGGCAGACAUUUUACUAGCGCAAACAUGUGAGUGACAAUAAUUUGGCUUUUUAAAAUUUUUCUCCCUCCUUACAUCCUAUAUAAAUAAUUUCUCAAUCAAGUAUAAAUUUAUUUCCUUUGAUCACUUGAGUCGUAAAAGCCCUCUUUUUAAUUUGGAGCAUUAGAUUUGGGAGGAUCAUGUGCCACUUCCUCCUCAGACAGACUCAUGUAGUGUAGAGGUGUGUGUGCUGUUGUAUCCAUGUGUGUAGACGUGUGUACAUCCAUGUGUGUGUGUGUGUGUGUGUGUGUGUGUGUGUGUGUUUGAGCUCUGUCUGAGGUACAGAGUGUAUUCUCAGGUCAUAGGAGAAGUAUGCAGAGGCAAAGAAAGCACACCUGUGUAACGCACACGCACACACACACACACACACACACACACACACACACACACACACACACAGUGCCAUACACACAUGUAUACACAAAGCAUAUCUACAAACACAUGCAAAAAAAAUGACAGUGAUGUGCACAUACCAGUUCAUACCACCUUCAGAGCUGUUUAAAUGUAAUAUUGUGAAAUUUGAACCUGUAUUAGGUUGUGGCUAUUCUUGGUAAUAUGUAAACGUAAUCUAAAUGUAAACAGUAUAUAUAUAAACAUUAUAUCUAUUUUUGGAAUAAAUCCAACGUACGGAAAGGCGGUUGUUUUGCAGGUUACAACAUGUGUAUUGUAUGUGUGUUGUACUGUUGAAAUGAGGCAAUAAUGAUGUCUUUGUUUCGGUUAAAAGGCCAGCAUCAGUUCCUGUUCCCUUGCUACAUGCUUCCUACACAGAGGUUUAGGAGUGUGCACGUUGUGACUGUUGAGUCGGUUGUCUGCGGUAUGUCUUCCGUAAUGUUUACUUAAAGGCUAAUCAUUGUUUAUUACAACUUGGGUGUCAUUUCCAUUCAUCGCUUUGAGAAGAAUAAUAGUUUAUCAAGUGAAAUUAGGGUAAGAAAUGAAGGUAAUCAUUAAAAUAACACUCAUCACAGUUAGAGAUGAUACACUGGUUUGACUUUGACCUUUUAUGAUAUCAUUUGUGCACGCAUACUGUUGUAAUGCAUGCAAUGAGGAAAUAUCAAUCUGUCAAAUAUACUACCGUUCAAAAGUCUGGAGUCACUUGGAAAUGUCCUUACUUUUGAAAGAAAAGCAGUUUUUUUUUACAAUGAAGAUAACAUUAAAUUAAUCAGAAAUACAGUCUUGUUAAUGUGAUAAAUGACUAUUCUAGCUGGAAACAGCAGAUUUUUAAUGGAACAUCUACAUAGGGGUACAGAGGAACAUUUCCAGCAACCAUCACUCCUGUGUUCUAAUGCUACAUUGUGUUAGCUAAUGGUGUUGAAAGGCUAAUUGAUGAUUAGAAAACCCUUGUGCAAUUAUGUUAGCAAAUGAAUAAAAGUGUGAGUUUUCAUGGAAAACAUGAAAUUGCCUGGGUGACCCCAAACUUUUCAGUAGUCAAUCAACAGACACAUAUUAGGUAACAAUUUAUAAUAAUCAAUUAAAGUCAAGCUAAAACUACCAUACAUGUCAGUUUUAGUUUGUCUCGUGAUAAUUUCCAGCUUUAAGUCCUUGAGUUUUGGACUGUUGCUGUUUUAAAGCAUCAUCUCGGGUUUUAAUAAAUUGUGAAGGGCUUUUUUAUUUUUUUAUUUUUGUUUGGUCUCCGGGCCGUUUAUUAAUCAAAUCAUGAAUCUGUUAAUCUAACAAGAAGUUCCCAGUGGAAUUUUCUCGUAAGCAAACAAAAAUUACGUUUACAUGCAGUGUUACUCAACCAAACGCAGUGUUUGUGUUUGUAUCCUGCAGCUCUGACACAUGCGCCGAAUUCUUUCUCUCCUCAUAAAGCUUUGUUGAGUUGCCGAAUGCGUGCGACUGUUGGUACGAUUAUGUAUCGCAUCACUGGCAUUCUUGCACAUGUGCUCCAAUGCUGGUGCAUGAUUAAAGGAAAACAAAACUGGUCCAUAGUGCUACUAGAGGUCAAAAACUGCACACUUGAAUCAAUAUUGAAACUACUUUUGAUCGUGAAACCACUAUCAACACAUCACUAAAUUCAUGGUCCAGCCGCUCAUUUGUCUUGUCUCAUCAAACCUCAUGUUAUAAACAAUUAACAUGUUCAAUACAUUCUAAUCAUUUCCAGUAGAAAUGACCCAAGUUGUAAUGAACCAGAAUUUUCCUUUAAGUCUGCGUGUGCCGGACAGUCAUGCUUUACUUUAUCUUUCUCCUCGUCUCUCUCUUUCUCAGGGCAGGAGUUGACUUUAAUUGCAUACGGUAUAUGCCUAUGGAAUGAUUUACAUAGAUUGUUGUAUUUAUUUUAAAACGCACUUUUUCAAGAAGCACUUUUGAUUUGUAUUCGGUGGCGCCAAGUGCCGCCACAUUAUUCCCUUCUCAAAGAGGCGGGAAUGUUAGACUUGAAUGGGUGAGUCAUGUAGAUACUUAGAAUACUUCUUCUUCUUCAAUGCUUUCUGCCAAAGUGUGUCUUCCCACCAGUGUACAACUGGGUUCCAUAUCUGUGAAGUAGCCUCCUUUCUUGCAGCGGUCUUACAGGUCUACAUUUAUCUCAAGCGGUCUUUGUUUGAUCUCUACCAUCUUUUUUUUUUUGUUGUUUCUUUUAAAGUUAUGUGAAAGAGCUAUCAGCAGCAGGAGAGGAUAACACAAGUCAGAGAAAGACUUUGAAGAUUCAUCUUAGAUCACAGGCUCUCUCUUUUUAUUAUUUUUUGCUUUUAUCUGUUCAGGGCUUUGAGCUGUUUGAAGUGGAACUGCACAGAGAGUUAGCAUCGCUUCAUGUCAGGGUUAGAAGAGGAAAAAAUAGGGCUGUUUUCUGUCAGGGUUGUGUACAGGGUCAGAAUAUUUUGUCCCCGCCGUCACCAAACCUAAGCACUGCAUCUGACCCUUACCAUUGUGUAUGUGUGCGUGUGUGUGUGUUUCCUUCACUUUGGGAGUGUGUCGUGUGCUGUAUAGCUACGGGUAUGUUGUGAUGUUACGCAUAAUGGCAUGAAGUACAAUACAGCGAUUUUUAAGUGCCAUUAAGUUUGCACAUUAGCCUCAUUCACCUCAUUGGGUAUGUGCUGUAUUGUGCCCGAAACUUUAAUGGAGAAACAAUGGGUGUUAAGUUGUUUCUUAACCCAUUGCUUGUUACUUACACUGAGGCCAUUUCAAAGUUGAAAGUUUCCCCCACAUAGCAGCUUAUCAUAUUUGGGUACGUGUGUGCGGGAGUGCUGGGAAAGACAGCCGUUGUUGUUAAAUGCCUUUUUUCUUUCGUGAAGCAGACUGAUGCUGGUGGGUUUUUUUUGUUUGUUUGUUUUUUUCAUUUAGAGAGUAAUGUGUCUGUUACCUGUUGUCAAUUUAGCUUGUACAUUCAGAUAUGAACCUAAUAAAUAUGUCAAAGAACAAG